UGGGGUUUUUUUACGCAUAUGUGCUGUGCCCUUUUCAGUCAAUGCAUCAGUCAUUACGCUCUCACUUCCUGUGACAUACUUUCUUGCACGAGAAUGUCACGCAUCUCCAACCCGCAACAAGAAAGUCUGAUGAUCACCUUAAUGAACGAUGGCGUUGAAUUCUACCUGUAAUGUCAAUUUUAAUUUUACGCACAUAUUUUUGCCCACAGUCUACGUGACAGUUUUGUUUCUUGGAGUUAUUGGCAACUGUUUUGGGCUUAAAUCUAUGUAUGAUAACUGGAGAAAAAUUGGUAAUGUCAAUAUCUUUGUGCUCAACCUUUGCCUGGCGGAUAUUUUAUAUAUUUUAACCUUGCCCUAUUUGGUGGUUUACUACGCUUCCAACAGCAGAUGGACUUUUGGAGAUACUUUCUGCAAGAUUUUAAGACUGUGUUUCUGCAUCAACCUCUACGGCAGCAUUGGUUUCCUCACAUGCAUCAGCGUUUACAGGUACCUCGGCAUCGUUCACACUUUGAGGGUUAAAGGCAGAAUUACAGCGAGGCACUCUGUGGUGAUUGUCUUGCUGGUGUGGUUUCUAGUUUUUCUUCUGUGUCUGCCUGAUAUGUUCUAUGACAAAACCCGUAGCAACGCAACAAAAUGUUAUGACACAACUACGGACGAUUACAUGAAGGAUUACCUGAAGUACAGCAUCGGAAGGACGGUUGUUGGAUUCGUGAUCCCGUUAUUAAUAAUGAUAUGCUGCUAUGGACAUGUGGCGUUUGUUCUGGUGACAAAGAAAGACAUCGAUGUCAUCUUGAAGCUGAGAUGUCUCAGGCUGGUUAUCAUCCUGACCCUGCUCUUCUCUAUUUGUUAUAUUCCUUAUCACGUUUUUAGAAAUUUAAACCUGGCAACUCGAAUCUUCAAAACAGGCCACGUGUGUCUGAAAUGGUAUGCUAAUGUGUACAUUGCAAACCAAGUUGGUAAUGGAUUGGCUUGCAUGAAUAGUGCUAUCAACCCACUGGUUUACCUCUUUAACAGCGACGAAUUGCUUAUGAAGUGUUUCGCCAAGUGCGGACGAGCCCGCCAAUCUACUGUUGUCUCUCUUGUGGCGGAUUCUCCCUCUCCCCAGAAGGAAACUCUCCACAGCAUGGUCAUGAAAUAGAGAUGAGUGGAAAUUAUUUGUUGUGUGAUGACUUUUUCUCACCUUGAGGCCAUGACUGUUUGUCCAGAGUGAAUGGAACGAUUCUUAUCUCGUUCAGCUCGAUGGUGGUUUUGGUUAAGGGCCCCAAUUUUUUCAAUAUAGGCAUACAUCUUGUGAUAUCCGCUUAUGCUUAACUGUGUUCUGAAAAGCAGAACUGAGUAUGUUCUUAUUGUGUUUUAACUUUAAAAGGUCAUUUUUAUAUUAUCAUAGCAAAAUGCGCUGUAUUUAUGUGGCUUGCAAUGCUUAGUUCUACACAAUGAAUGAUUAAAAAUACAUUUUUGCUUUUUAUGUUAUAUUAAAGUAUCUUUAUGUAAAUUCAGAAGAACUUCAUAACAAAUUUUUGAGUUGGAUAAUGUACAUUCAUCAACAUUACAGUAAUGCUCUAGUUUCUAAGCAACAGAGCACUACUGUUGCUACUGAAAAACACAAAAUUACCUAAUGGUUUUAUUACAAUUGGCAGUGCAAGUGAACAGUGUCCACAUUAAGAUGACAUAAUAUUAAGAUAUGACAUACACCAAGCAAUCUUAUAUGACUGACAUGUGGUAAAGUAGAAGCAAAACUGAAAGAGCUGAAAUUUUCUCAAGACUGACUAGAUAAAUAGAUAGAUGAUAGAUAGAUGCAAGCUGAAGAUAUAUUAAAUACAAAAAAUGUGGGUUCUUAUCUGCAACAAGACAUUUUAUCUAAGUAUUAUAUUGAAGUUUAAAGAAUUUUGACUAUUCCUUUGUGUGAUUUAUCAAUUUUGUUAUUGUGUUGUGUCACCACUUGAUGUCCAACAUUAAAACUGCAUUCUGAAACAAAAUUAUCCCCAUUACUUUAACAUAGAUUGUAAAUAUGUGUUAUGAUUUGUAUAUUUGUUUAUAUGUAUAUUUUUAUGUGUCACUCAGAAAGUUAUCUCAGGGCGAAAGUGUCAAGUGCACACUAUCAGCAGUGAGUGCACGCUACACCUGCUUGUUUUUAUGAAAGCUUCCUGAGACAUAAUUGUGGUUUUUGUGAACAGCAAACAUGCAAACCACAAGAUGACAAUCCUUGAUCUUUCUACAAGCAAAAAUAAACAAAUAAAAACGUCAAAGCA